AUGAAGAUAAGAGUCGAAGGAAACUUUGCGACACUCCUCAAUGAGACUGGGAUCAACUCGCUCAAGUUGGGCGCCGGCGAGACGAACCUGCUGCCGCAGCUGCCCGUACUCGAGCCCGCCGAACUGAACCCCGUCGUCUUCACCGACCAGUACGCGAGUACCGCCUCCCAGUUCGGGCCGCUGGUCGAGAUGCGCGCCAGUGUCCAGAGCCAGCGGCUGCCCCACUUCUUCCGCAUGGUCGACCUGGACAGCAACUGGAGCGGCCAGAACGGUCUCCAGGCGAUGAUACCCAAACUUCUACAGAUGAACAUUGUCGGUCACCCUUUCGUGUUGCCGGACAUGGUGGGUGGGAACGGCUACCACGGCGAGAGUCCAUCCAGUGACCUGUUCAUUCGCUGGCUUCAGACCAACGUCUUCAUGCCAGCGGUGCAGUAUUCCCUCGCGCCAUGGAACUUCGACAACGAGAGUUCCUGCUGGGCGAAGACCUGCUAGUGGCACCGGAGCUCUACCACGACUCGGUUAUGCGCGACAUCUACCUGCCGAAGGGCAGCUGGAAGGACGAGGCCGACCCGGAGCACCCCACCAUGGACUUACUGGCUCCGCAAAUACCCUGCGCCUCGCAACACUCUUCCGUACUUUACCAGAGUCAGCUCUUCCUAAACCUCAUCGAAUACAUGUAUAUGUAAUCAUUAUGGAUAAAACGUAGU